AUGCUGAGGCCUCUGCUGAUUCCCUUGACAUACUUCUGUCUUCAAACCUGGCUGGGGAUCCCUCAGGCAAAAUGCCAGGUGGAGCUUAGCAUGAUGGAUGAUGCUUUCGAUGACCAAUAUAUAGUAUGUGCUGAAGAAAUGCAUGGAAUUGCACAUAAAUUGAUACAGCCGGAAAUGUCUCCAUUUAGCCCGCUGUGGGAAAAGGCAACAGAAAACUGGAAUCGUGUGAAAACAACAAUUACUCGUCCCAGCAAUGUUGAGGAUGAGUACGGUAUAGCCCUAGUAGCCUAUACUGGCAGCACCCCCCAAGACAACGGCGAAGCUUUUUCAACUACAUUUAAUAAGGCAGUGGAAAGUGCUGGGACAUCUCAUGCUGAUUACAUGGCCAAGUUCCAGUUCAAAGCCUUUCAUUAUUAUUUGACAAGAGCUUUGCAGCUCUUAAGAGGGAGGUGUGAUGCAAUGUAUAAAACGACAGUGUACUAUGACACUAAAUCUGUGUACACGGGGUGGGGUCUCAUGAGGUUUGGACACUUUGCCUCUUCAUCAACUGAGAAACAAGAGGCUGAAAAAUUUGGUACAGACACAUUUUUCACCAUCCACACGUGCUUCGGUGUUAAGAUCCAGGACAUGUUACAUCAUCCUCACCAAAAAGAAGUGUUAAUCCCACUCAAUGAGAUAUUCAAUGCAUCCCCAGGAGAAGGGACUAAUUACUUUGUCCUCCGGAGCACAAACCGGACCUGCAGCCAUUUUAACUGCGCAUACCUGGGCGGAGAGAAGGACCAAACAUGUGUUUACAACUCUGCUACCAGAGGCGGCAUCGCCUUCCCCAGUGAGCUGAGCCCUCCACUGUCUGGAGGAUCUGUCAUCCUGAUCCACGUUGCUGCUCUGAAGCUGUUUGCUGGUUUCUAAACUGUCCUAUUCGUGUUACUCACUUUUUCUCUCUAACACAAAUCAUGGUGCUGGGACUUGCCAGAUCCAAAGCCGUCCUGCUAUGCUGCCAGCGUUCCAAAGGGAAACCAGGAACCUGG